AUGCCCGAGUCUCCAAGUGAGCUAGGUCAGAUACAAUCCCUCCGCCGCUCCCUCACCCUUCCCACCAAGUUAAAUCCACUCGCGCAACGUCGCUCGAGCGUGCCGAAUACCCCCGAACAUGUAAUUUUCUAUCACCCAUCUGCGAAAAUCGUGCAUUUCUCCCCAAGAGCGCUCGCCCCUAUUCCUUCCAGUUCUGCGCCAUCCGACUUCGACUACCCAGUUGACACCAUCGAAACACUCCCUUGGCGCUCUGCGACUGAACGAACGGUCGCAACAGCGCCACUAAGGCUAGAGAAGGUCCAUGGCUCAACAGCGUUCCUGAAAUGUGGAAAUGUUGUCCAUGCGAUCCUGAAAAACUCCCAGUGUUGGUGUGUUGACGGGGUCUCGAAGUUUGUUUUACGCAUUCGCCCUCUUACAUACUAUCGCAUCGAAAUACCACACGAGACAGAAGACGACCAGGGUUUGGUGCGGGAUCUGAAGAUCGCGUUGCCAACAGUGCUUCGGUAUGAGGUCACGCCAUGUCCUUUCAAACGCGCUUUCAGUGUUGAGCUCCCGAACGACGCGAUGGCACCUCGGCGUAAAAAGGCCUGGCAACCUAAAGAUCGGAGAGAAAGGAUACCAACUGUUCUAGAACCUCCGCGAGAGACACCAUCACCCUCUUCAAUCAGGUCGGAUUGUAUUGAUUCCGCGAGCACCGGGGACGACACCGACGGAAACUUAACUGAUGACAGUUGUUUCACUUCAAACAAAGCGAACAGUACAAUUUUGGAAACUAUUCCCGACGAUCGGGAGUCCUAUCCUGUUGAUGCAUUGAGUCCUUCCCCAUACAUUGGGCCUCCUAGGCGCUCAGUGAGCGAAGCACCCCAAACUUUCACUAGCUUGCUUGCAAAGUUUGAGGCUACAUCAGUCGCAGAGGAUGACCAUGAUUUUGAACCCAUGCUCAAGACAGAAUAUGCCUCCAGUACCGAUGCUGCAAUUCAAAUUGAUCGUGAGCUUAAUGUUACAGACGAACUCGAACCUGAGUUUCUAGCCGACGGUGGAGUUGAAGUCGGGCCUGAAUCCGAAGCUGUACUAGAGGCUGAAUUUAAAGCCAAAGCACAGCUUGAGGCCAAGCCUGAAGUCGGGCCAGAAGCUAUAUCACAAGCCGAACCUUUCAUCGAAGCUGCAGUUGAAGCGGAGCCCGUCAUCCCAAUCGAGACUGAUGCAGUGUUGGCGGCUGAAACUUCAGAGGAAGUUGUAUUCCGUGCUGAACCCACCAGUGCAGUCGAAGCUGAGGCAGUACUAGAAGGUGAUUGUAUGAACGUCAAAGUUCAACCCGUUCAAACAGCUGCUGAGCCCACACUGGAGGUUGACCAUGAUACCUCCCUUGCGUCUAGCCCCGAGUCAUUCCAUUCUGCUGAGCCUCAAUCCCCAGAUUCAGUCUCUACUCAUCCUACAUCUGUGGGAGGCCACGAUCUACCAGAGUCAGAAGAGAUGUUCAAUCUUUCGAGCACAAAACACAUCAUUUCUGGAUUGGAAUCAGCGCCAGCGGAUCCGUGUAAGACGUCACAGCUCCCAACACUCAAUAUUCCUCAAAGCGACGACGUCCCAAACCCAACCAGCGUCCUUGGUCCUGCAUUAAUGCAUAUUACAAGUUCGAAUAAUCUGCCCAGGCGCUUCGCAGAUGCGUUCUCGGACACCUCGCCCUCAGUGGCUCCUACAAGCAAUGGGAAUCGACCCAGUCGUCUUACGGAUGCAUCUUCGGACACUCAAAUGCGCCCAGCCCUUCAUGGCAAGGCCACUGCAUUGAAUACUGAUUUCGACCACAUGAGUGCCGAGUUCCGGCGCCGGGCAAAAGCCACAAGAGAGCGUGAUGUUUCCCCCAUGCCUCAUUCUUCGGCAUUGUACCAACCAUCCAGUGAUGAUGGCUCAUCCUUCAUUUCCAAGGCUAUCACCCUAGUAUUGAUUCCCCCCGCCUACCUUUUUGUCAUUCUCCUUCAUAUCGCUGCGCGCAUUGUCAUCAACCCAACUAUCCACCCGACUAUCAGCUCCACACCGAACGAGCCACAAUCUCAUUCCCAGCAAACAAGCAAGGAUCCAGCCACAGAGGAUGACUUCAGCUUUCCACUGGAGCCUCAGACUUCCUCGGAAUACGAGGAUGCUGAAAUCUUCAAGAAACUCGACCCUUGGGAUCUGGACUAG